CUCGGCGCAGCGCCGGGACGGGCCGGGAUAGGGGUCGUAGAGGUGUGAGGCCGCGGGGAGCGAGCCGCCAUGCUGCGCGCUUCUCUGCGUCAGAUCUCAGCAGCGCUAAAGGAAGGACAGGUCACCCCCACAGAGCUCUGCCAGAGGUGCCUCGCUCUCAUCAGAAGCACCCAGUUUCUCAACGCCUACAUUACGGUAGCGGAAGAAACUGCAUUAAAGCAGGCUGAGGAGUCGGAGAAAAGAUACCGAAGAGGUCAGCCACUGAGUGAGCUGGACGGAGUUCCCAUUGCAGUGAAGGACAACUUUAAUACAGCUGGCAUUGAAACAACAUGUGCAUCAAACAUGCUAAAAGGUUAUAUUUCUCCUUACAAUGCUACAGUGGUUCAGAAGUUACUGGAUCAGGGAGCUGUGCUUUUAGGAAAAACAAACCUAGAUGAAUUUGCAAUGGGAUCUGGGAGUACAGAUGGGGCAUUUGGACCAGUCAGAAAUCCCUGGAGUUAUUCAAGACAGUACAAGGAAAAAUCUGUACCCAGAUCUGAUUCUGAGCCUGAAAACUCUAACUGGGUAAUAACAGGAGGGAGCUCUGGAGGCAGUGCAGCUGCUGUAUCAGCUUUCACAUGUUUUGCAGCUUUAGGGUCAGACACAGGAGGAUCUACCAGAAAUCCUGCUGCUCACUGUGGUGUAGUAGGUUUAAAGCCAACAUAUGGACUGAUCUCUCGCCAUGGUCUCAUUCCUCUAGUGAACUCCAUGGAUGUGCCAGGAAUCCUAACCAGAUGUGUGGAUGAUGCAGCUGUUGUGCUAGGUUCACUUGCUGGACAUGAUCCUAAAGACUCUACCACAAUUCAGGACAUCUUUCAGCCAUUUGCACUGCCAAGUUUGACUGAUGUCAGCAAGCUCUCCAUAGGAAUUCCUAAGGAGUACCAGGUACCAGGGCUUUCUAGUGAAAUUCUGGCUGUUUGGUCAAAGGCUGCUGACCUCUUUAAGAAUGCAGGUGCUAAAGUAGUUGAAGUGAGUUUACCACACACCCGUUACUCAAUUGUCUGCUAUCAUGUGCUCUGCACUGCAGAAGUGGCAUCAAAUAUGGCCAGGUUUGACGGACUGGAAUAUGGACAUCGUUCUGACGUGAACAAGUCCACAGAAAGCAUGUAUGCUGCAACACGACGAGAAGGAUUUAAUGAUGUUGUAAGAGGAAGAAUUCUAUCAGGAAACUACUUCUUGUUGAAACAGAAUUAUGAGGAUUACUUUGUCAAGGCACAGAAAGUCAGACGUCUCAUUGCCAAUGACUUUGUGAAGGUUUUUGGAAGUGGUAUUGAUAUUUUACUCACUCCUACCACUCUGAGCGAUGCACUCCCGUAUAUGGAAUUCAUCAAAGAAGACAACAGAACCCGCAGCACGGAAGAUGACAUCCUAACACAGGCUGCAAACAUGGCUGGACUGCCAGCCGUAAAUGUUCCUACAGCUCUUUCAGGAAGAGGCUUGCCAAUUGGGCUUCAGUUCAUUGGGCGUUCAUUCCAAGAGAAGCAGCUGCUCACAGUAGCCAAAUGGUUUGAAAAACAAGUACAAUUCCCAGUGAUUCAGCUAGAAGAAGUGAAGAAACAUGACAACGGUGUCCUUCAGCAUCAGAAAUCUGCUUCUUUUUCAUAGUAUCAGAUUUGCUGGUCAGCAAAAGCAGGAAGGCUGUUGGGGAUAGUUUAAAAAUGUACUUAUGCAAGAAAAAAAAACCACCAACAGUUUAAGACAAUGAUAUGCUGUUAUGCAGGAUGGAAUAAUAAUUUUCCAUUAUUAAUUAAGGCAAAGCAAAUCAUUAAGUAAACAUGUAUAUCUUACUAAGAGCCACUUCUUACUGAUAUUAAAAACACCAGAUUGAAGUUAUUUAUCUUACAUCUGUGAAGCUGCUUUUUUCCAUCCCCAGAGGGCAUGUAAGGUAUCUGGCUCAUUAAAGAACUAACCUGAAUUUUCAUGUGAAAAUUGCAUGGUUGCCAGGGAGCUUGAUUUCUCUCUGGAACAUAGACUUUGGUAAUGGAAACAACCAGACAAGCUGUAAUGGAACAAAGUUAUUGAGAGUCCAUUUGCCAACCAGUAAAUACAAAUGAAAUCAAGAAAACAGCAUAGACAUAGUUGAUUUUAAAAGCAAACAAACAACAACUCCCUCCAUCCUCACUCUAACAAACUCUCAGCAGGAGAUGAAGUACCUUCUAUGUAUACAAAUCUUGCAGAUUCUGGUUACAUCCAUCAUCAGAAGGAUGAAUUCCAGACUUCUUCAGGGAAAAGAUGCUGAUUAAUCCUUUUCUGCCUUAAUUGUAAUUCUCUAUAAUCAGUGGUUAAUUUUUUAGCAUUCGUUUUAUUUUCUAUAGUGUAACUCUCCAUACAAGUAAUGCCAUCUAUUCCUUCAUGGAAGCUCAUUCAGAACAAAAAUAGUUUGAAAUAAGUUUCCCAGCUAUAAUGUUAGUACACCAGGAGACAAAUUAAACAACUGAGAAGCAGUUGCUAUUGCUGUAGUUUCUGUUUUUCUAAAGCUGGAAAAAGUAUGGAGUUUUAAGUUUGUAGAUUUGAUUUUACAUCGUUUGUUUUCAGUCACAGUUUACAGCUUGCACACAUAAGGAGUGUAGGGUGAGGGAAAACUAUUGUGAUACUGUAACAUGUGGAAUCUUCCUGAAUGUUUAAUGUCUUAGACCAUGCUGUCACCUGUAAAAAAAAAAAAAAAAAAAAUUACCAUUCCUAAAAAUCACAAAUGAAGAAUUUCCCACAGCCCGAUGCCAGCUAUGCCAAUACCUUUCCCACACAAUUAAGUCCCACACAAUUAAUUUUAUUUUGUUUUUGUAAGGAUUAUAAAAGAAGGUAUGCCUUGUUUUAGUCUGAUGCUAUGCUAUGAUGUAUGUAUAAAACAGUCUUCAGGGUGCUUGGUUUUACUGUUAGUGAAUGGUGAUAAAUAGUGGCCCCAAAAGACUACUUUACUUUAACUACUGUCUUGUUUAAUAAUUUACUUAUGCUCUAAUCAUACUGUCACCAUGUGUGCCUUGUGCUCUAGCUGCCUACAAGCCAGAGCUGUCAGUAUGAUUAUUCACUAUCUACCUUGAAAUCCCUACUUUUUUGAUUUGCAGUCAGGUCCUGCUUAGCAGUUCUUAAAGUAAGGAUCAAGGUGUUUUGAUGAGAGAUAAAAUCCUGACUGGGGAGAGCAUUCCUUGAGCAUAAAGAGCUUUAGAGUAUUAUGGAAGAGAACAAGCAAGUAGAAAAUUGCUCUCUACAUCAGAAGUUAGUUCUGGACUGACUGCUGGCCCAGAGGAAAGCGUCUACUUAUGCUAGACAAGUUGUCUCGUCAGACUUCCUCUGCUGUUAAAACAAAUAUGAUGGAAAACCUGGAUAAAGGCACAUUUGCCAAGCAGGGGUAGGUGAAGGGAAACUGGUCUCAUUCCUGCUCUACUUCUUUGUAAAGCAGAGCACUGAAUCCAGUUUCCAGUAUCCUUCAAAUGAGCAUUCAGAUGAUAGAGGCAAAUGGUUGUUCUGACACAAAUUCUUCAGAAUUUCUUCUGUUAAUAGAUUUCAAGGUGUAGAAUAACUAUGCAAUGAAAUAUGCAGUAAAAUACACACUAGACAGACAUCUAUCCUACAGCCCUGAAUAGCAUGGCAUUUAUAACUUUGUUAGUGAUUGAGACCCACCUUUGUAUUAGACAGUAACAAGACUUGGAAACAAAACAUCAGGUUAGAUUGAUAAGUUUCUGGGUCAGUAGGUUGAAAGCAGCCCUGACAAAUCUUCUGUCCUCCUCCUACUCCCCUGCUGUUUUGUGGUUUUGGGGACCACGUGUACCAGAUGCCUUUCCUGCACUUUCCUAAUACUGGAAUCUCACCAAGCCUGAGGUUAGAGCUUAAGAAUCAGUGUGGCUGAGCAACUUCAGGAUGUAAGCAAGAGUGUCUAAGGGAAUUGUAAUAUCAUCAUGCUAGAAAAUUCUCUCUUACAGUUGAUUCUGAACCCUUCAGGAGAUCCUGAAGUAGUGUGACAGCCCGGCCUAACUCAGAUGGCAGAAGGAUUGUGAGUGAUAUCUCCAACCAGAUCUUUGUGCAGCUGCUCCUAGUGCCAAGUCAUGGCUCCAGAAUUUUAAACAGCAAAAGUUUCUAUGAUGGAUUAUUAAGAGCUCAAAAACCUUUCUCAGAGAAGCAGAGCAAUUUCAGAACACAAGACAGUAAGUCUAGGGGGAAAAAAGACCAAAAAAAAAAAAGUUCAUAUGAACAUUUUGUACAGUUGCCUUGAAAAACAAUUUACAGAAAUAAUACAGUUGAAACUUUUAUGGUAUUGUAACACAGCCACAGCAGGUGGCUAGGUGUAACCCUAUCACACAGGCAGCCCUGAUUUGUAGCUAGAGGAUAAUUCCAGUGCUUCCAGAAGGAAACAAUAGCUGGAACAUUAACAAACAAGCAAUCUGCUCAAAUGGUUGAGGGUGUGAAAUCUUUCUCCAGGCACUGGGAAAUGGUAAGGGUAUUAUGUAAAGGAGAAGUUAAUUUGAACAGAAAAGUAAGACCUUUUGCUAUAAGGUGUUUUUAAAUACAACUUUAUUCUGGGUUGCAGUUCA